AUGAUUGAAUAUUUAAAAUGUAAUUGUAUAAAAUAUUCCAUUCCCGAUGAAGAAUAUAAUAUACCAAUAAAAUUGUCACCUAAUAAAAAGGAAAUGUUAAUAGCUGUUGUUAAUGUAAAAAACAACAUAGUUCUAUAUAAAAUAAUUAAUACCGAAAUUAUUUAUUUUGAUAUUCUAUAUACCGGUAGUAGAAAUAAAAUUAUAGGGCUUGAAUGGUCAGCAAAAAAUGAAUUGCUUGUAGUUACUAUUGACAUGAAAUGUAUCAUAUUUAAAAAAAAUCAAAAAGAAAAAUGGGAAUGUACUAAUGUUAAUAUACCAACAGAAGAAUUACCAACAUGCAUUUGUUGGCACCCACAUGCCAACACAUUCGCAAUUGGCUUUUCAUCUGGGGCUAUAUUUAUUUGUUCAUUAAAAGAAAAACAAAAAUGGGUUAUAAAAAAAGUUGAAAAUCAUACUGGGAGUAUUCUAUUCUUAGAUUGGAGCUCGUCUGGUUACAUAUUGUCUACUAGCUCUUUGGAUUCAACAUCAUUAUUAAUAUACACACCAAAUAUUGUGGAUGAAGAAAUUCAUAAUAACGAAAAUUUAAAAAAAUUUGAGGAAUGUAUCGCAGAAAGAAAUUUUAAAAAUAAUGACAUAAUAAAUAAGAUUGAAUGUACAGGAUAUAUUUUAUGCCACAGUUCGUUUUCUUUAUCAAAUGAAAAAGUAGCAAUAAUUGCUAGCAGUUUUGAUAAUAGCUGUAAAAAGCAAAAAAUAAUAAUUUCGGAUUUUUUAAAAUCCCCAACUAAUAUUCAAUCCGUUACGUGGGUUGGUCAGACACUACAAAAAUGUUUGUUCUUGGAUAAUGAAAGAUUAUUAGUCUAUGGCUAUGAGGUGUUUCCAAUUAUUAUAGAAUGUAUAAAUAACGAAUGGAUUAUUUCUCGAGUUGUACUCCCCGAGUUUAUUAUUAAAAAUUUAAGUGUGGACUUUUUUUAUGAUAAAAAAAGCAUUAAGGAUAUAGAAAAGACAUGUAAUGAACUGAAUGGUAAUGAAAUUAUUGGAGAAAUUGUUGCACAUUCUAAUAGCAUUUUACAACUGUCUAUGUUGGAGACAUGUGAAGAUAUGAAAAGUGGAAAGUUUGCAACAGUGUCAGGCGAUUUUAAUGUUGUUAUUUGGAAUUAUAAUUUAUAA